CUACACGACAGUGGCAGGUAGGUGCAGUCGUGGGGGUGCACCUGCCAGCUAAACACCUUUCGAGGACUGCACUUCCUGACCGUAUCUUGCUCUUCGAUGUUGCCGUUGCUCAUGAGAAGCAUGCCGACUGAUGACUGCCAGUGACGACCCGGUGGCAUAAUGGCAAGAGCGGCCCUCUCAACCGCUGCUCGUUGCGUGCAUUACUUCUGUCUCCUCCUCGCCUUGGGCUCGUUUGUCUGGCGGUAAGAGCUUGCAUUCUCAAUCAUUCCCCUAUGAAACAAACUCCUUUGUACCCAUAUCAUUCCAAACUCCAAGUCGGACAUCCGCAACACACUAGAUACAACGUCGGCGUGCUCGCAUCCGUCCUCGUGCACCCGGGCUUCCAGGAGACACUCCAGCAGCCCGAUGCCUCUCGCAGCGGGCUCAUCACGGCCAUCUACUAUCUCGGCACAUGGCUGAGCUACAUCUUCUUCGCCCAUCCCGCUGCCGACAGACUCGGCCGCCGCUAUGCCGCCUUCUCAGGCAUGUCCGUGACCUGCGUCGACCAAGCUCUCCAGGCCGGCGCCGUUGGGCGGCAUGCCCUGGCAAUGGUUGUCGCGGGCCGCAUCGUUGCCGGCAAGGGCACAGCCAUCAUCUCCACCAGUGUUCCCCUUUACUAGAGGUUAGCAAAUUCUGGCGGUGAAAGUGGUCCUGAUUGCUAAAAGCAAACCGCGCAGUGAAAUUGCUCCGCCGAAACAGCGUGG